AGGCUCCAGCCGAGGCUCCGCCCGGGCGCCUGCGGCAGCUCUCCGCCGCGCCGCCAUGGACCAAGAUGGCGUCGGGUGCACAGCGCUUCGGUCGCUGUGCCCGCGACGACGGCGAGGUGGACCUCAACGCCGAGCUGGGGCGCCCCGCGUUCGCGGGCGGUGGCCCCAGCAGCAGCUCCUCGGCGCCAGCGCCGGCACGGAGGAGCGUGGGCUUUUGGGAGUGGCUGAACCGAGACUGGGACACGGAGGCGGCGCGCCGCCGCGCCUCCGCGCCAGCCGCGCCAGCGGUGCGGCCGCCCGCGCCGCCGCAGCGACA